CCUCGUCAUGUGACGGUCCCGUGACUAUGCCGGAAGAAGUGAUCUGACACCGACAACACAACACACGCACAGGGAUAGGCAUUGAAGACUGAUAAUAAAGCAACUCUUUUUGUCUUCCCUGUGCCUCUCAUCGGUCCAGCAAUGGACGGAGCGGCGCGAGCACCGACAGACGCCCUGGCUGAACCGCCCCCGUAUUUCAGAGGAAAUGAAGGCUCCCUGGUUUCAGCCCUAAAGACACUGCUGUUCUUCACUAUCCUGAUGGUCACGCUGCCCAUUGGACUGUACUUCGCAUCAAAGGCAUACAUCUUUGAGGGUUCCAUGAAAAUGUCCAGCUCUGACAGCUACUUCUACGCGGCCAUCGUGGCGGUGCUCACUGUGCAUGUGGUGUUGGCCGGUUUUGUUUAUGUGGCCUGGAACGAAGGCACGCCUAAAGGCAAGGGCAAACACGAUUAAGGCAUUCCCUUAUCAGCCACUGAGUCCAGAGGAGAUGGACAGAUGCAGGCAGGGAUCCACAGCCCCCUUCUCACGGGCAUCAACCAGACGGCACCAUCUACAGACCAGACAGUCGGGACGGUCUGAGCUCAGGCUUUUAACCCCGGGCCAGAGCAGGAAGUUAGAGCAUUUUCCUUGAUGUGGGGGAGCAGAGGCUGCUGGAUGGGUUUUCCCCCCCCAGCCACAGCAGGCUCACUUUUUGAUUUAUUUAUUUUCUUUUUUUUCUCUUUCUCUUGUCUCUGUUCUCUGAAAAUCCUCCGUAGUUGACAGACAGCAGCAUCUGUUUUUAAGAAGGUUUGCAUUAAGCUGCCAUUCGGCCAACUGCUCAAGUCCCCUCUCAUUAGGGGUUUUUCAUGUUAGGAAGCGUCUCGGGCUUUGAAUGAUACGCUCUGACGCGGAAUACUUUGUAUUAUUCAGGACAUCUACAUAUGACCAUCCGCCCUCAGUUUUUCUUCUCUUAUCUGAAUACAAUUAAAGGCAUCCCACUGUGUUUCAGGGCAGAGUCAUCAUGUGUUCUCCAUAGCUCUGCCUCACCCUUCUGUCUGCCCCUUUUCAACAAAAUGCUUGUGUUUUCGUCUGUGCGUUAACUUGGUCUUGUGCUGUAAUAUGGUGGCAGUCAAACUGCUUCUGAAAUGGUUGUUUUUAUGAAAAUUGUUUGUACUGAAAAUGUUGAGAAUGUAGACGUCAGUGUGAUGUAAGUGCAGCGUGACUCAAAUAAACUUGAAAACUUGUAGAUUUCUGUGUUUUCACACACUUUUAGGGACUUUAUUAUUGUCCUGGGAGUAAAAUGCACAUUGACAAUGAACCCAGUAAGUUAAAUUUAAACUAAGCUUAUUUCUUUUUUUUUUUAAAUUUCACGGUGUCUAAACUUUUAAUUGCCUUUUAUUUAUGGAGGCAGG